CAUCCGGCAUCUUCUUUCAUCAGUAAUCGAUCGCCAUUAGAAAGCAUCUAUUUUUAGUAGUGUUUUUUGAGCAUCAGUUUGUUGGUGUCCGGCAAGUGAUAUAUCUUGCAACCGUUUAGUGAUUUUACGUGAUUUCGUACAGCUUUUGUUGCCAGAACAAAGAGAAAAGUUGAAAUUAUCAUGGCAAAUAGAAGAAUGGGCGGAAUGGGCGGUGGCCAGAGGGGCAAUCGCUCUUUUUCUCAGCAUCAGCCAUUUCAAGGAAGCAAUGUUAGCCCCUGGCAAGGGAAUAUGCCUUCCAAUAAUUCUGUGAAUCCGGGGUUACUUUCCCAAUUAGCCUCCAACCCCCAGCAACUUGCUCUAGCUCUAACUAGCUUACUACAACCUCAACAACAACAAAUGAACAAUCCACCAUCGUUACUUUCUUUGAAUACAUCUCCUGCUUUUUCUAAUCAAGACCGAGAUUUUAAUCGGUUUGGUAGAGGCCGUGAUUUCAGGCGACAUGAGCCUUACAGUAAGAAUCGCAAUGGGGGUUGGCGAACGAUGGACUCCAAAAACCGUAAUAAUAAUAAGGGCAAAGAUAAAAAACGGUCUCCCUCCAGAGACCAGAAGAACAAGAAGGGGGAUGUUAAAAAGAAUGAAAAACCCGUGAAGGACAAGGAGGAAAAAAAGAAAGGCGACGUCAUUGAUCUGUCCGUAGACGAAGGCAACGACGAAGGAAAUGAAGAAACUAAGAGAGACUGGAAGGACGAAAAGAAUAAUUCUGAGGAAAAGAAGUCUGAAAGUGGAGACGAAGACGAAAAGAAGAAGGAUACGAGGAACAAGGAGGGUCCCUAUUCUGGUGUUCCCGUGAAAUUCUUAAAUUGCUUUGUUUGUAACAAGGAAAUGUGGGAUGGAGAAUCAAUGCAGAAGCAUAUCAGAGGCCGUGCCCACAAGCAGAUGUUGAACAGUUUGGAGGAAAGCAUCCACAUAACGGUGAACAUCCUCAGAGAGAACAUGCGCCUGGCCGAAGAGAAAAAGGUUAUCGAGUGGAACCGCAUGCAACGCCUCCAGAAGUAUCACAAAUACAAUGACGUGGAGAGCCACUGCAACAUGUGCGAUUUGAAGUUCAUGGGCAAAAUCAUCGUCCAUCGCAAGACCGAGGGCCACCAACGCCUCAAACGUUACUUGCACCCCAACUGCGAGAUGUGCGACAAGGAGUUCCCCGCCAGGAUGGAAUGGGUCGAACAUCGUCUGACUCCCGAGCAUUUGAGGAAGCUCCACGAAACGCUAAAGGACAAGACUGGAGACGAAGAUGGAGAUUUGAUAAUCAAAGAGGAGGAAUUGGAUUUGGAGCCUCUCUUAGACGAACCCCUGCAGAUGGAAGUGGAAAAUCCCGUCUUGGAGCUGACCGAUGAUAUGGCCGGUUUGCAGAACUUGAUACCGGCCUACAAGCCGGACCGAGCCGUGUCCUCGCAGAGUUUGAAGCCGUUCGAGGGUUUCAUGUGCAAACUGUGCAACAGGAGCUUCGAGAACGACGAUCUCGCACAGGCUCACUUGAAAACCAAGAGGCAUUACUACCAGUUCAUCGAAGCCGCCAAACUGAAAUACCAGCAGCAUUCCAAGAAGGAGGAGAAGAAAGAGGAGAACGAAACGAACAAUGAACAGAAGGAGGACGCCCAGGAAGGGAACAACGAAUCUCAAACCGAAGGCGAAGCGGACGCCGACAUGUACGAUCCCGAGGAGGCCUGCAAGGAGGAGGAAACAUCUAUGGAGGUCACGAAUGACGAGGGUGAUCCGUCGGUGAUAAGCCUGGACCUGAAGACCAGCUUGAAGGAAGAUAGCGGCGAUGAGGAGGCGAAUUUAAAGGAAGAGAAGGAGGCGGAAGUCAAGGAAGAGCCAAAGAUUGCUUCCACGCCUGUUCGUCAGACCAGAAUGGGCGGCGGGGUGAAGAACGGCGCCGGCCCGAAGAGUAAGAAGGCACGUAAGCAGUAAUAGUUAAGAGACGACACUUUAAAAUUAUUAAUAUCUAUAUCUACAUAAAUUUAUUUAGAUUUUUCUUUUUUUUUACAUAUAUAUGUUUAUAUAGGGAUCUUUCUUCUAUGUGUUAAGUAAUUUUAUUCCGAAUUAGUUUCGGGAUGUAGUCCUGAUAGUGUUGCAAUUCUGAAGGUGUGCCCGAGAGUUAAAUUUCUUCGUGUCGUAAAAAACGUGGGAUCCAAUUUUUUGAACAAAAAAAGAAGCAAAAGCAAGUUUCACUCAUUGUGUAAUUUAGUAUUAAACAUGUUUAUGGUAGGACUGAGCGUAAGGAGGGAAUCUUCAAGACUUAUUUGUGCGUCUACUCUUUUUUUUUAUCUGUCGCCAUAGGAGGACGUUUUAUCGACAAUUUCUAUAAAUAUUACGGUUUUUAAAAAGUCGCCUUUAUUGAUAAAUAUCGAAAAACAUUUUUUAAUUUAAGGCGUUGAAAAUGUAGCUCUCAAAUUAGAUAAUAGGCCUGUUGUGUACGAUCUCUAAAUUUAAAAAUAAAAAAUAUCCGUUUAAUGUAGAUAUCCCUUAGUUAAUUAAUCAGAGGUUUAAUGGUGUCAUAGAUUUUGAAAACGUCAUAAAAAUUCUGUCGUAGACAUUAAUUUUUGAAUUCCGAUGGAUUGGUAAUGAAAUAUCCUGUUUGUCAAACGAUUUUAUUGAGCUGUCAUUAAAAGCCACACAGAAGCUCAAAUCCAUAAAAGGAACCGACUGCUACAGCUGCCGUACUGGGUAUUUUUAUUUGGAUAAUUUUUAUGUUCAAUGUUUGCAAUAUUUUGGUUCAAUGUUUGCAAUAUUUUGAUGACGUAUCUGGUCGGUAAUGAACGAUUUUGAUUAUUUUAUUACCCAGUACCCCAAAACUUUUUUUUGAUACAACGUAAAUCUGUAAAUGGAAGAGGAUUUAGGCACUACAUAAGCCGACUAUGUUGGUUCGGAUAAAAAGUUGAUAUUAAAAUUCCUUAUAUGGGUAAUGUGCUGACGUCAACAGUAGAGCGAAUGUAUCAUUAUCCUGUAACACCCUUGAUGCCUUCAGCGUUUAAUAUGCUACUAGUUGCUUAAUUUGAAAAUUAUUUCAUACAGCUGGUCGACAUUUAAUCUAUAUGGAUGUUUCUGUCGGUAAAUUGAUUUGCUUCCGUCACAAUGCGUUUUUAAUUUGACACAGGGUGUUCUCAUUCAAUGUAUCUCAAAAUGCGAUGAUUAUUGCAAAAUAACAAGCUAGUAAGUUAAUAUAAAUUAAUGUGUUUGCACAUUUUGAAGUACCGAUAACAUUGAUUCUUCUCUACUGUUUGACAGUCGCAACAGUCUUGAUUUUUUUCACUCUUAAUAGGUCGGGGUUCGAUACCAUCUUGAUAUUAAAAACGAAAGUUAAAAAAAAUUGUUUUCAAUGUUUAUUGAAAAAUUUUCAUAGAAAUAAACAUUUUUCACGAAUUAAUGGUUGGACAUAAAAUUUAUUUUUUGCUUUUUCUGGCUUGAAUACACAAAAAAUUAUUUUUUUAAUUCCUACUUCUAAAUAUGCCCUUGCUCAUUAUAACUAGUCUACUUCAUUGUAUGUUAAUUAAGAAAAUUACCAUUGAUUAUCGGAUAUUUAUUUUUUAUUAAUCAAUAUUUGUAGAUUUUUUUUCAAUAGCUCUUGUUUCAGUUUAUAUAAAAUUACUCAAAAAUCGGCAGAGUAACGGUCGACGCGAUUUUUGGGUAGUUUUUGGAGUAGUUACGAUUUGACUGAAAUUUGUUUUUGCUUGAACGAUUAGUUGGCGGUAGUCCUGUCUCCAUCUAAGGCGGCGGAGCAGACGGCAAAAGCGACGGGACCCUCCACGUUCCGCAUACCAAAAAUAAAUUCAGCUAACAA